AUGGGUAAGGGACAAGCAAAGACAAAGAAAACAGAAGCAAAAGAAGAAGGCGUAACGUUCCGCGUAAGUUAUGAAGACAUCCAAGGAAAGCGAAAUAUGAAAAUAGUUUUCUACGCUUUUGUCGCUUUUGUGUUACUAGGACUUGGGCUUAUCGGCAUCUUCCACCUUAUCAAACCGCCCGUUCCACUAUUUAUGCUAGACGAUCUCUCCGUCGACCAAGUCUCAAACUCAAGUGUGGUAGUGACUCUGUCAUCGAACAACCCAAGCCAUACGACCAAUAUUUACUACAGCGAGGUGAGUGUAGGCGUGCAGAUAAAAGGAAUUUUCAGGUCAGACAGUGUUAACUUGCAGAGCACGCUACAAGAAACACGUGAACGUACCCCGUGGACAACAGUCGUAGCAAUCAAUAAUGGCAAUAACGUUAACACUAAUGGGAGCUUGGGGAUCAUAGACGGUUUAAUGAAAAACGGUGAUGUCGUUGCGCAUGUAAAGAUCCUAGGCAAAUUUGGGAUUCUGAAGAACAGUUUACUCUAUACAUGUCCUAUCAUGACCGCUAAAAGUUCCAUACCUUGUCAAGUCAUUUAG